AUGAAAAGAGUGAAAUCCGAAAAGUAUGGAUUUAGUGCUUAUCAACCUAGAAAUGAGAUCAAUAGGAAAAGGUUUUCUGGACCUAGUUAUUCGUCACAAUCAUCUGCAUCUGCACUCGUGUCGACAAGUGAUAAACAGAGAAUCACACAGAAAAAAUGUGAAAUUGCAAAAAAGUGUCGAUUUUAUCAAGAAAAUCAUUGGAGUGACGAAUGCCCUCUGUACAAAACCAUACAUGAACGAAAAUCUCGCAUACAAAACUGCUGCUUUAAGUGGUUGAAAAGCGGACAUUCGUUUACUGACUGCAAAACAAAUAAGGUUUGUGUUUAUUGCGGAAAGGCUAACGUCCAUCAUUGUAGUCUUUGUCCAACAAGGUUUAGUGUUCGACCAACUAUGACAAAUACUGUAAAUGAAAUCACUACUCAACAAGAAGAAACGGAACCCGAAAAAGGUCUCAUGUCAGUAAAUGAAAUAGUAUUGAUGCAGACAGUACUUACCGAGGUUAAAAAUCCUGAGACAUUAGAUACAAUGCAGGUCAGGAUUUUAUUUGAUUCUGGGUCUCAUCGAAGUUAUAUAUCAGAGUCGUUAGCGAAGAAAAUGAAUUUGAAAACUGACGGUGAACAUGAUAUCCAUGUAGCUACUUUUGGAAACAAAGACACACGCAGAAUUACUACAAAAUAUACAAAAUUAAAUGUAAAGUUGAAAAAUGGAACAGAAAUGCAAAUUACAACAGAUGUUGUGCCUUUGAUCAGUGGAGAACUUCAACGAAGACCAAUAAAAGACCUUGAAUCAGAAAAAGUACAAGAUAUUGUAAAUAGUGUACAAUUAGCUGAUACCUUGCCAACCCAAAAUGAAAAGAACACAAUAGAUGUCUUGAUCGGCAACGAUUAUUACCUUGAUUUUAUACACAGUGAAAAAAUCGAAGUACAAAAGGGUCUUUAUCUUUUGGCCUCCAAGCUUGGAUGGAUAAUUAGUGGAAGGAUUAAUGACCCAGAAUGUAGUAAUGACGAAGCAAGUAUCCUGGGGUUCAUUACUAUAGAUACAUCUUGCCGAACAAAGAUAGCUAUGGAAGACUUUUGGAAUAUGGAGUCAAUUGAAAUUGUAGAUAAACAAACCAAAGAGGACGAUGUUAUUGCUAUGGAAAAGUUCAGAGUAACUAUUGAGUUUAAGGAUGACAGAUAUUUUGUUUCAUGGCCGUGGAAAGAAGAUGAACCCGAGCUUCCUAUAAAUAAAGAGUUGGCCAACGGGCGAUUGAAAUCAACAGUAAACCGUUUAAAAAAAACAAACCCGAUCUUCUGA